UCAAAGCAUCCACACACACAGAGAAAAGAGAGGUUAUGAAGCUCAUUUGGUCGCCAGAAACUGCCUCAAAAGCUUACAUAGACACUGUGAAAUCAUGUGAGAAACUUAGAGAAUCCGGGGUUCCCGAGCUUCUCUCUGCCAUGGCGGCCGGCUGGGACGCGAAGCUGAUUGUGGAAUCCUGGUCCCACGGCACUCCAAUAGCCACAAGUCUCGGCCUUGCCAUGGCAGCACGCCACACGGGCGGACGACACGUUUGCAUAGUCCCGGAUGAAAGGUCGAGAUUGGAGUACGUAAAGGCAACGAGAAAUGCCGGGGUUAUGCCCGAAGUGGUAGUUGGGGAGGAGGCGACGGUGGCGGUGUUGGCGGGUGUGGAUUUUCUGGUGGUGGAUUGCAAGCGUAAGGACUUCACUAGGGUUUUGAGGAGGGCUAAGGUGAGCCCUAGAGGGGCGGUUUUUGCAUGCAAGAACGCAUGCCAAAGAAACUUAUCUGGAUUCAGAUGGCACGGUGUGGUUGAGAGGGGGACACGUGUCGUAAGGUCAGUGUUUUUGCCUGUUGGAAAAGGGUUGGAUAUUGCUUAUCUUGGGUAUGGUGGUGGAAGCGCUAGUGUAGGAUCAUCAAUCAAGAAGGGUCCCAGCCGUUGGAUCAAGCAUAUUGAUCAAAAAUCAGGGGAGGAGCACUUGUUUCGGGAGUGAAUUCUGAAGAACUUAAAGCGGCCAAUAUAUAAAUGAAUUGUUAAGUGUUUGACAAAUAAAUAAUCUUCAAGCAGCUUCACAAUUUACUUUCUAUUAUUUUCAAGAGUCACUGUUAUUGGGAUUUGGGAUAUUCCAAUGAAGAUUUUGAAAGAGAGAUCGCUAUAUGUAAGUAUAAUAUGUUGUACAUACUUUUAUAAGGCUACUUUUAAUAUCAAAGUCAUAUGUAUAUAUGUACUGUAUAUGACAGAUGUAUUAACAUAUACAGGCCUCCCAAUUCUCAAACUCGAA